AUGGAAACACAAUCUAGGAUGAAACUUCCAAAGGGAAACGUAAUGUCACACUCGCUUCCACUUGAUUUAACGAUGGAGAUACUCAAACUAUUACCGGUUAAAACCCUAAUCCGGUUCCUAUCCGUAUCUAAGCUAUGGGCAUCCACCAUCCGCAGUCGAUAUUUUAUGAAGUUGUUACUGAACGUGUCUUUGUCUAGACCGAAAGGUCUCCUCUUCUUGUUCCGACAUGGAUACUGCGGAUUGGUUCUUUCCCAAAACACGCAUGAAUCAUCUUCUUUCACCACUUUUCAAGUGAGUUGCCACCCUCCACAACUUUCCACCGUUUCUCCUUCUGUCCACGGUUUGAUUUGCUAUAAACAAUCUACCACUAGACUUGUUAUAUACAACCCUUGCACUAGACGAUCCAUUACCUUGCCUGAGAUCGAUACACGGAGGAGAUCCAAUGACUACUACUUGGGCCAUGAUCCCAUCGACAAUGAUUAUAAAGCGUUGUGCAUCAUGAGCGGAAGUAACCACGAUUUAGUUAAGGAGAUUAGGGUUUUGACAGUGGGAAAAGAUAAUUCUUGGAGAAUAAUUGAAAACAGUAUCAUUAUUCCUCACGCUCCUUUCGGACGAGAGGUGUGUAUAAGAGGUGUUUUGUAUUAUCAAGCCUUCACUCGCAAAAAGAUGAGUGAUUUGAUAAUCAUGAGUUUUGAUGUUAGGUCAGAAAAAUUUUAUUCUACCAAAAUACCUAUUACUUUGCUGCGCAAUAUUGGUACAAAGUUGAUAAGCUACGAAGGAAAGCUAGCUGCCAUCUUAGUGACUGAAACGAAUGUCGCUAGAUUGUGUGUUCUAGAAGAUGCUGCUAAAGAGGAAUGGUCGACGAAGAUUGUUGUUUUGUCAACGAGAGUCGACCCACCUAUUCAUUGGGGUGGACAGUACUACACAACUGAGACUGACACGGGUGAGAUUAUAUUUGCACCACAUUCUUUGCAUGCAUCAGUAUUAGAUCUUGUCUAUUAUGAUAUAAAGACAAAUAGUGCGGAAACUGUUUCUAUGCGAGGAAACACAACAGAUCGUACGAGUUAUUAUACACUGUCUGUCUCCUCUAAUCUGGUAGAGAAUCUCAUGUUUUUGUAA